GCCUCCCUUCCUGCUGCUUCUCCGUCUCUGUUUGCCUCUUUCUUUCUUUUGCUGCUGCUGCUUCUCCUGCCGCCGCUUCCUCCCGACCUGUUGGAGCAUGGAGAACUGAAAGAAAGAAGUGCAUUGCUGCUGCAAGAGUGAGAUAAGGUCCCGACACCACCAUGGGGAAACAGAACAGCAAGUUACGCCCCGAAGUCAUGCAAGAUUUGCUAGAAAGCACAGACUUUACAGAACACGAGAUCCAGGAAUGGUACAAAGGAUUCCUGAGAGACUGUCCAAGUGGACAUUUGUCCAUGGAGGAAUUUAAGAAAAUCUAUGGGAAUUUUUUUCCUUAUGGGGACGCUUCUAAAUUUGCCGAACACGUAUUCCGUACGUUUGACGCCAAUGGCGAUGGAACAAUAGACUUCAGAGAAUUUAUCAUAGCCUUGAGUGUAACGUCCCGAGGGAAGUUGGAGCAAAAGCUGAAAUGGGCAUUCAGCAUGUAUGACCUGGAUGGAAACGGAUACAUCAGCAAGGCAGAGAUGUUGGAAAUCGUUCAGGCAAUCUACAAAAUGGUUUCUUCCGUUAUGAAGAUGCCAGAAGAUGAAUCGACACCAGAGAAAAGGACAGAGAAAAUCUUCCGUCAGAUGGACACAAAUCGGGAUGGAAAACUUUCUUUGGAAGAGUUUAUUCGAGGAGCCAAGAGUGAUCCGUCCAUCGUCCGUCUCCUUCAGUGUGACCCCAGCAGUGCUGGGCAAUUCUAAAGCAAUUGCUCGGAUUUUGUGUCUCUGUUUUUUUGUUUAUUUGUUUGUUUGUUUCUCUCCUUUUUUGCCAAAACAACAUUUCAUGGUGGUGUUGCCUCUGUAUGGCCAACUAUGCCUUCUGUCCAUGGCAUUUUAGCUUUCUUUGUGGCAGAUCAGUCAGCGGAUGCACUGAGCAUUCUCCCAAACUCACCCCAGGAGCCCAGGAGAGCAGCCCGUGUGCCAGUGCUGAUUUUUCAAGUUGUUGUAAAGGUCUGCAGCCUGGUCCUAAAGUAUGUUUACCCAGAAGUAAAUCCCACUGAGUUUUUAACAGGACUUAAUGUCUAGCAUGCUUAGGAUAGAGGCCUUAAGUUUUGUUUUGAUUGUCAGUUCCAACCUCAAAAGAAAAAGGAAUAAAAGAUGGUCCAGUUUUCAAACACUGUAGGUCUCAUAGGUUGGCAUGGAAGCAGUAUGUGAGAAGUGCCUGCCAUGUUUGUUUCAAUCAGUAUUCUUUGGCAUUGCAAUGAAUGAAAGAGGAUACUUAAUCAUUUGUAUCAGAAACAGAUCCAGGUUCAAGUCGCUUCAUACCCAAGUAGUUCAAUACUCAAAUGUAGUAGAUAGCUUAAAAACGUUACUUUUUGGACUAGAGAUUCAAUAAUUAUUGGUGAUGUAUGUCCAAAACAGUAUUUUCCCAAAUUCUGUGCUAGAGGGAGACAUCAGUGUCAAAGAGUUUUGCUCAUUUCUUUCUUUCUUUUUUUUUUUUUAAAAAAAAAAUCUGGUUGUGGUUUAAGGAUGAAUUGCUUAGAGUAAAAUGUACCCCGAAACACCUGGUACAGUAACUAAAUUAAAUGUGUACAUGAUUACUGAGAAAUUCUUUGCAAACAUGUUCCAGGUUGGUCAUUGGGUACAAAUUCCAUCCAUGCAGAAUGGAGACAGGGUAGGAUUAGGAUCAAGGGCAGGACCCAGAAGUAGUGGUAAACAGCACACUAUCUGCUAACCAGUACUGAAUCAUCAAAUCCCCAUAGAACACACCAUAGUCUUUGAUGGAAGAGCUAGCAUUCAUUGUCAUGCUUAGAGUUCAUCUAUAAGGGGAAUGAAGGACAGGAAGAUUGGUUGUCCUGUCUUUACCAGGUUAUGCUGCUGGAGUUUUUUUUAAGUGCGGGAAAGGCCAGAAGAGAAUUUCAAAUAAACAUUUUAAUUAACUGCCAUUUGGGGUGAAAACAAUUGUAUGUACUUCUUGGAACCAUGUUGAAAACAAACCUUAAGAGGGAACAUGUGCUUUAAUGAACCAGUAAUAAGAAAGUACAGUAGAGUCUCACUUAUCCAAUGUAAACAAGCUGGCAGAACAUUGGAUAAGCGAAUAUGUUGGAUCAUAAGGAGAGAUUAAGAAAAAGCCUAUUAAACAUCAAAAUAGGUUAUGAUUUUACAAAUUAAGCACCCAAACUUCAUGUUAUACAACAAAUUUGACAGAAAAAGUAGUUCAAUAUGCAGUAAUGCUAUGUAGUAAUUACUGUAUUUACGAAUUUAGCACCAAAAUAUCACGAUGUAUUGAAAACAUUGACUACAAAAAUACAUUGGAUAAUCCAGAACGUUGGAUAAGUGAGACUCUACUGUAACUUCAACUUUCUGGAAGACCAUUCUCCAAGAAGAGAGCAAUAGGAAAAUGGCAAGGUUUGGUGAUCAAAAUAGUUUGGUGAGGGAUCUCUCUCUUUCUCAAGAAAAAAAGAAAAAGAAAACUGAGUCAAAUUAUUUGAAUCCGUCAUAUUUCAGAAAAUGUAUGACUGUGAACUGAUGCGCAGUCAGAACCUACUUGCAGAGGAAUAAUUGCUGGGUGGGAAGGGGGCUUACAGACCUGUCAGUUUUCUUCUACAAAUGCCCUGUUAAAGUAACCUCCUCCUGCUCUCUCUGCUUUGAGCUUGGAUGGCAGCAAAACAAUAGAGAAGGAGGCAGGCCCUGUCUGCAGGUGAGAAGCAGCAGGGAAUCACUAGCUCGCAUUGUCCCCUCAGCAAGCCACUGGUUCAUAUGUGUAAGAAAAACAACAUGGGGAUUGGGGAGUCAUUUUGACUCAAGCACUUUUGUUCAAGUCUUUACAACACCAUUAAAAUAGCUGGAAUGAAAGGCUGAUCUGAGUGAAAUCCUCAUCUCACUUCCCCCCACAUUUAUAUAUAUAUAUAUUUAAUUCUGUCAGAUUACUAGUUUGAGUUUCAAAGUUGCUUGGGAUUCCAGUUUUCAUGUGGUCUCACUCGGUGGUUGCAUGUUCACAAGAUCGUCUGGGCCACACCUGUGAAGUGAUUGUGUGAAUGGACUGUAAAAGGAUCACCCUGAGUUGUUCAUGGCGCACCUGGGUCCAAGAGGGAUGGGGGAGGGAACACUGUCAGCAAGUACUGCUAUAGAAAUACAGUUAUAGUGGUCCCACUUCGGUUUAGCUUCUGGUUUCUACUGAAACAUGGAAAUGGUACCAGUUGUGAUAUAUUUAUAUAUGAGCAUAUAUAUAUUAAAGUAUUUUUUAAAAAUAUACAAAAUAGAUAUAGGAGAGAAAUCUUGAAUCUUUUAUCCCUUUUGGCUGAAAGCAGCUUCCUUCCCUCCCUUCUGUUUCCUUCUACAAACCUCAGAUAGAACAGGGAGGUUGGAAUCAAAGAAUGAACAAAAUUGAAACCUAAUAGAAGCAUCACUUUUGCAGUUUCUGCCAACCAGCAGUUUUGAUACAUAGCAAAGGAAGAAGAUGCUGAUAGUACGAGGAUUAUCCAGAAAGUAGAUUACGUUUUGGAAUUAAAAAUGAACAAAGUAUAGGAGAAAACAUUUACCAUAUGCAGUUGAAAGCCACACCCAAAUACCACUUCUCAACAUAGUCACUAUUCAAAUCUAGGCACUUAUCAUUGCGAUGAAUGAGCUUGACAACUCCUUCCCCACAAAACUCUGCCGCUUGCGUCCUCAACCAGACGGUCACCCCUUCCCGCAGCUGCGAUCCAGGACGAGCGUGGGGGAAAGUUGAGCGCGGGAUUUUGCAUGGCAGAUAGGGAAACAACUCCCACCCAGAAGACUCCAGAACUUCACAUGUGUGACCUGCCGUGUGGUGCCGGGCGUCCCCAUGAAACAGCAAAAUCCCCACACUCAACUUUUUCCCACGCUCGUCCUGGAUCGCAGCCGCGGGAAGGGGUGACUUGCUGGUUGAGGAUGCAAGCGGCAGAGUUUUGUGGAGAAGGAGUUGCCAAGCUCAUUCAUCGCAAUGAUAAGUGCCUAGAUUUGAAUGGCGACUAUGUUGAGAAGUAUUUGGGUGUGGCUUUCAACUGCAUAUGGUAAAUGUUUUCUCCUAUACUUUGUUCAUUUUUAAUUCCAAAACGUAAUCUGCUUUCUGGAUAACACUCGUACUUCAACACACCUGGGUCCACAAAGGUCUUGUGUGUGAACAUAUGUGUAGACUAGAGCUCCGUAUCUUGCUACAAUAUGUACAAUGUACAUUGGUGGCCUCCAUUUUAGUAUGGCAGUGAAUUUUCUCCCAGAUUUUAAUUCAAGUUUAAAAGAGCUAUCCAAGGGAUUUAACUCUAUCCCUACCUCUUUUGAAAUUCAUACUGAAACCUAGAGAAGGUUCACCACUCUACUGACAUAGAAACCACCAGCUGCUGUGAGAUAUAUAAGGAAAAUGUCAUAAGCCUGCAUCCAUUGGCCACUUUCUGAGAAUUGGGUGAGCAUGCGCAAGAGAACAUGGACAUCUCUUCACUUAAGACUGUUGCAUUUGCUUAACUAAGUAAUCCAGAAGCCCUAAUAUUGUGCCUUUCCUUGCCAUUUCACAUCCCAUUAAAUGACAGAUGGUGCCCACUUCCAUUCCAUAUAUAGAAGCUGGCAGCUCUGGCCGUUCAAAGGUUUUUCAACUCUGACACCAGGAUAGGAUCUUCUACUACAUCUGAAGACAUUGGGCCAGGGAUGCAGGGCUGUGUGAGGUCUGCCUUGCAAAAGAGGGGAAGAAUUGGGGCCACUGCAUUUCUGCCCCCUCAGCAUCUACUGCCUGAGCCAGUAGUUUCAGCCUGCCCAAUCCUGAUUAUCACACUGAAUCUUACUGCUGAUCAGAGUGGAACAAGAGAGGAAAAACCUCUGCAUACUGGUAAUAAUUAUCUAUCUCUGUUGUGGAGAUGUAAGUAAUGAAAAUAAAUAUUGAAAAAUAAUUUCUUUUCCUGCAGCAGGAGAAAAUGAGUAUUCUCCUUGCAUUUGUACACAUCAAAGUGUUGUAUAGGACUUAUUCUGUCAAGGAUGUGUUCUUUCACAUGGUUUGUAUACAAAAACAGGUUUCCUAGGAAACUAAGUUUCUGCACAGAUUUUUUGGGGGUUGGGGGGGGGGAUCUCUUUUUAAUUUACAGAAUAAUUCCUGUGCAACCCCUUGGAAUGUUAAAUACCAGGAGAAAAAUACACAAAAUGUUUGCUUGGCUAUCAUUAUCCCCUGAAGAGAUUCCUACUUGCUCUGACAGGCUGUGACUAUUGGCUGUGCUUUUGGUCUAGGAAUAAAACAUCGCAAAUGUUCUUCCCAUUCCAGAGUUGUAACCACCUCUGACCAUCUUAUUACACAAGUAAAUCGUAAUCACCUGCAGCAGCCUUACUUCAAAAAUAUUCGGCAUGACUUUGGUCCCAUCUACACAGGCACCUAAAUAUAGGGCCAGUCAAAAGCAUUGCUGCUAUGGACUGACUCUGGAUUCUGCCACAAUGUUUACCCCUCUCCAUUCCCAAAAUGCAGCCGUGGGGGAAGCAGAGUCCUGACUAUCCAGUUGAUUAACACCCAUUUCUUUAUUGUUGUUUGUCACCACAGUGUGGCCACUGAGCUUUGGAAAGCUCCUGGCUGUCCGCAAAGGCACCUGUAUUAUUUGACAAGAGGAGGGAGUAAAGGAAGUGUACCUGUCUUCUUAAAAAUCCCAGUGUGGUCAGUUGGACACAUUUCCAUAUGCAUGCAAAAGAUUGCCAUCUUAGUUUGUUCUUCUCUGGUCCUCUCUUUUUCUUCAUUGAAAUGGGCAACCACAACUGUACCCAGUAUUUCAAAUGGAACCACACAACACAGAGGUGAAAGUCAAUGAAACCUCCACUAUGGAUAAUAGAUGUUACCGGUCAAUUCCUGCUACUCUAUGGUCUUCACUUCCAACACUAGUACUUCUGCAGCCCUGCAUGUAGUUCUUUGCAAAUUAUGUCCAGCUAUAGCAAAGUAUCGCAAAAUGGAGCAUGUCAUCAUUUAUUGGUCUCCAGUGACUCAGGUAUUUCUAGAUUCAAGGUGAUCAGAACCUUAGUUAUGUUUUGUAGUUUAGAAUCAUAGAACAGUAGAGUUGGAAGAGACCUCAUGGGCCAUUUAGUCCAACCCCCUGCCAAGAAGCAGGAAAUCGCAUUCAAAGCUCCCCCGACAGAUAGCCAUCCAGCCUCUGCUUAAAAGCUUCCAAAGAAGGACCCUCCACCACAGUCCGGGGGAGAGAGUUCCACUGUCAAACAGCCCUCACAGUGAGGAAGUUCUUCCUGAUGUUCAGGUGGAAUCUCCUUUCCUGUAGUUUGAAACCGUUGUUCCGUGUCCUAGUCUGCAGGGCAGCAGAAAACAAGCUUGCUCCCUCUUCCCUGUGACUUCCCCUCACGUAUUUGUACAUGGCUAUCAUGACUCCCCUCAGCCUUCUCUUCUGCAGGCUAAACAUGCCCAGCUCUUUAAGCCUCUCCUCAUAGGGCUUGUUCUCCAGACAUUUGAUCAUUUUAGUUGCCCUCCUCUGGACACAUUCCAGCUUGUCAACAUCUCCCUUCAACUGUGGUGCCCAGAAUUGGACGCAUUAUUCCAGGUGUGGUCUGACCAAGGCAGAAUAGAGGGGGAGCAUGACUUCCCUGGAUCUAGAUGCUAUACCCCUAUUGAUGCAGGCCACAAUCCCGUUGGCUUUCUUAGCAGCCGCAUCACAUUGCUGGCUCAUGUUUAACUUGUUGUCCACGAGGACUCCAAGGUCUUUUUCACAUGUACUGCUGUCUAGCCAGACCUUGGAGUUUAGACUGAAAUCUGGAGCAAAUUAACCAUUCCACUGACACGGAAGCCACCAGCUGCUAUGAUGUACAUUUGGGAAAUAGCUACAUUUGUAAAAGUCCACUGAUGUUGACACUCUUCUAAAUAAAUACCUGGUUGCAUGCACAAAAUGUCAUACACUAAUGGGCAGAUGCCCAGACAUCACUACUGCGACCUCACAACUAGCCACUUUCAAACCCUUUUGCUGUUGCAUAACCUUCAUCCCAAUCAUUCCAGAAACAGUUUGAUAAGUCAUUUUAUCAUUAAGUCCUUGCACCAAUAAUGUUGACUUCAUUAGGCCAAGCAUUGCUUGAACUGUUCUGCUAGUUGUGCUAGAGCUAGCAAAAUAACAUUAUCAUUAGCCUAUCACUGGCUGUCAUUUUAUUACAGACUUCAGUGUAUGUAAGUGUAGCUUAUGCAUGCAUGUAGGACAGAGCAGAAAGGGCAAGUCUCUUGCCCAUGUAGGACCUCAGGCACUGAAUGCCGCCUUGCCAGUUUUUCCUGCAUGAAGUUUGAAAUUUACUUUAUGCCAACAUACACAUUACAUACAGGUUGGGUGCCACUAAUGUGAAUUGCUUGGACGCAGAAGUGUUCUGUAUCCCCCCCCCCCCCCCCGAUUUUGAAAUAAUUGCUUAUACAUACUGAAAUAUCUUGGAGAUUAGACUCAACUCUGAACACUAAAUUCAUUUAUAUUUCAUAUAUACUAUACAAAUAUAGCCCAAUGGUAAUUUAUACGUAAUAUUUAUAAUGUGUGCAUGAAAUAAAAGUUUGUGUACAUUGAACCAUCAGAACACAAAGGUGUCACUAUCUCAGCCACUAAUGUGGAUAAUUUUGUAAUAUUUCAGAUUUCAGAUAAGGGCUACUCAAUGUGUUUUUACAAAAGAUUAUUUCUAAAGAUCAGUUUUGAACUAUAUAUUGAUGUGUUAUUCAAAUAACUGGCAUAUAAUGCAAACAUGUACAAAAUCUAAUGGAUUGCAGGAGUUGUGGUUCAGUUCAUCAGAAUGGAUUCUUCGGGAUCCUUGCUUGCAGUCUUCUCACAGGCUCAUACCAGUGCUUAGGGUGGAAUUUAUCCAUUUUUGAAGGCAGAAUUCACAAAAUAAGUUGUAAUGGUCCAUCCUCGGAGAAUUGGUUUAUGCGUAAAGAUUUCCAUUUGCAAGAAAGUUUUAACAGUCGUUUUACAAUAUUGGUUUCAGACUUAAAGCCGUCAUGCCACAAACUGCAAGAUGCAAAAUAAACUCAGUGGAACUUGUUGAGCUCACAUAGUCACAAUUAGUCCUUUUUUAAAGGCAAAAAAAUACCCAACCAGAUGUUUCUUUAAAACAUUACUUUUUGUUUAAGCAGCUGUGUUCACCCUUUCUCUGUGAUGCUUAGAGAUUCAUUUGGCACAGAGUCUAGUUAGCCAGUUUAGGAACAAUGUGUAUAGUUUAUUCACUAGUUAUUUUAAAACCAGAAGAGUUGAACCACUUAUAAUUGGGGAGGGGAAGAAAAAAUUAGAGUGCUAACAAUAGCUGCACAAAACAGAAAUAGACAUUUUGACACAUGGAGAGAGAUUUAUAUGUCAGCAGCCCAGUCCUAAACUGUACCAAACCACAACAUAGGGUGUAUAUUUACACUACAAUUAUAGCAGGUUGAUGCCACUUGAAGGCUCCAACCUAUGAAAACCUGGGGUUUCUGCCUUGGUAGGAGACUUAGAUUUAUGUUUUCUAAACUACAGAACUAAAACUGGCCUGCAGAGGAUUCUAAGUGAAUCAACAAACUACAAAUCACAGGAUACCAUUGAAUAAAACCAUGGCAAUUAAAGUGACAACUAAAACAGGCACUUAGGUUAUAACAAUGAGGUCAUGCCAAGAAGAUUUCAAGAUGUCAUAAAUGUCUUCUAUUGAGAGACAAACAAUGAAAAGGACAGAAAAUACAUGUGUGUCUCAGUUUUGGAAAUCUAUCAGUCAAAUUUAUUAUCCCACAAAAACAUGUUCUUUCCUGACCCAUUGCAACCAGAUGAUUGAUGGUGUCUGCAUCAGUGCUUGUAGACUUCUAGAAAUAUAGAGAAUGGAGGUUAGCUGGCUGCAAAUUAAAGGUAAUGGCUUGUAUCCUCAUAUCUGCUCAGGGACUUUGGCACAUGGAAUGGCAUUUAUCUGCCUCCGUGUUGCUGCAGAAGUUAACAGCACCUCCCUAAAAAGCUGUUCCUGAGGACUUAAUAACUCUCAAAUACUAUGGGGUGUUGCACCACGGGUGGACAGCUAAUACCUUUAGAUUGAAACCAUCCUACUUUACAUUUGCUUUUCUUUCAUACCAGGAAAUACAAACUAUGGAGAGGAUUCCACGGUGUGAUGCCAUUAGUUCAAGUUACGUUUCACUUGGACAGUAGCAGUUGGUGAAUUUCAUAUCAGUGGAAUGGUAAAUCCCCUAAACUGGCUCAUUGCCUUGGAUUGUGGUUUUCUGCCUUCAUGCUGUUUCCAGUUUAUGGCAAUCCUACAAAUCAAACCCAUAAACCAAGAGCCCAACUGUGCAUGGACAACCAAAUGAACUUUUGAGGAACCACAAGAACAAAUGUGCUACCACUUCUGAAAGUGAAACAAAUCCAACAUCAACUCUCCAAGCCCUAUUGUAACACUACUUUUUGGUGUUAAUGUUACAUUUGAUUUUAACUUAAGUGAAGGUCUCAAUUCCCCUUUUUACAGAAUUUUGCCCUAGAACAUCAUCCACAAAGACAUUAGCUGGAGGAGAAACAAUGUGUACAAAUGGGCUUUGAAUCCAUAGUUUCUAGGUUGGUCCAGAAGAGAGGGAGCCCAAAUUGCGGAAGACAAUAAUCCACAAUUCAGGAAAGGAGCUGAUGAGCUGGAUUUAGUCCAUCUACCAGUCUCUGUUCUCUUGAAAAGAUUAUCAGUGCUGUUAACAUUUUUAAAAUUACCAAAAAUAUACAUUCACCUCCAUUGCUGUCACAUACCCACAUAACUGGGGUAGGUGUUAAGUUGCUUUAACAUUCUAACCACGACACUUCAUCAUUGGCAGGCAGUAAAUGUAUUUAUUGGUAGGACUUUUUAUGAAACGAUCCACAGCUGAAUGUGACAACUAUUUUUAACUUCCAGAUAUGAAAUUGCUUUUAUUGUAGCUCCCAAUGUUUUAAGUUUUUUGGCACAUUCAAAUGAGCAAAAGCUGAUAGAAACUCCAAAUUCAAGGUAGAUUACCAUGAAAUGUUAAACCACAGUUUAUAACAUACCUUCAGCAGUUACAUGCAGAACUCUCAUAAAUCACAAGCUAUUUGUGGGGUGUACAGUAAUCUUUAUACACAACUGAAUUCUGCCUGGGAAGUAAAAGGGUCUGUUGUUGACAAACUAAUGAAUGUGACACUGCACCAACAAGCUUGCUGACCUGUUCUAUUAUAGAUAUAUAAUCCAUGGUAUGUGACACAAAAUUAUUUCCAAUGUGAAAGCCUGUAUGUUGAAAGUGACAGUGUUCCAGAGGUUAAAAAUAUACCAAGUGGAAACCCAAGGAGAAUACCUACUGAAUGAAAUGAGAUGUGUCCUCUACUUACACUUCAGCACCUGAACUAACACCUCAAAAUCAAGGGAUCAGGGUUAAACCUGAGAAAAAGAACCAAGACCUUCAAGGUGGAAGGGACUAUAUUUUUGUGUGUGUGUCAUUCAAACUUCGAAAUUGCAUGAUCAGAGUAAUGCUCCAUUUUUCAUCUUCCAUACUCAAACGGAUUGACUAGCUAAGGUUUAGAAAUUGAACUUGAGAUAUUCCCUCCCUUUCCAUCUCCCUCCUGUUUGUAAGUCUGUCCAGUGGACAUAAAUGUUACCAUUUCAGCUCUUUUCACAAAGCUCUGCAAUAUCAUGAAAACGUAGGAGCCUGAAUCCUCUGCUUAGCCUCAACUAGAGUAGAACCAUUGAAUGAAUAAUAUUUGCUUACUUGUCAACUCACCGGUAGACAGUUUAUUCAGUGAGUCUGCUCUAAUUGGAACUAACUCAUUGCAUUCAGGCCACAUGGAAUUGAAGACAUUUGGAAUGCUUCAUACUAAUUGGUCUGCUUUAAUGUAUGUAAAUAAAUAGAACACUAAUGAUAGAUACAAUUCCAUUGGUCUUUGCAACACAUUUUGCUACAUCCUUUCAAAAGUUAGUGAUGAUGAACCUUGUUCUUUGUUACACCUGGGAGGAUAUUUUCUUAUUCCAUCCUCAGUGCUAAAAUUUCAGAGUUAUGAAAUGACUUGGGAACAAAUUUAGGAUAUAAGGCAGGAUUGCUCGAUAGCUGCUUGCUCCAUGAACUGCAAGAACAUGCUUCCUCAUCUAUGUAUGCACCAGAAGAAAGUGGACCAUGAUUAAGUGUCAUUGAAAGCAAUGCAACAACUCAGUAGAACAGGAUAACAACUAACUUGCUCUGGAGCAGGGCCACUGACCAAUGUAAGGCGUAGCCCAAUAUGACUCUAAUCUGAAUAUGCAUUGAAAGUUGGCCGUGCACCUACUGAUGCAUUGCGAAUCAGGAAUGCCCCCAUUUGAAGGCUGCAAGGUAACAUCACCUCCAUUUGCUUGUCAUUAUCCUAUCCUUGUAGCAUGGUUCCUGAUCUAGCUGAAGAAUCCAUCCAUGGGCAUUGUUUCUAUGGGUGAAUCUCCCUUCUUCAAUCAGAUCACAGUAUACAUUGUUUCUAAAUGUACUGCAUGAUGAUUGAAAGCUCACCUAUAGAAUAAAACCAGUAUUCAGUUGAAGAGUAGAGCUGAUUUGAUGGAUGGUAGUAAUAUUCAUAUUCCAAAGCAUGGCCAGUGUGUUUCCUUUUUAUGCUUUUUGCUAAGACAUUCUAGAAUUUUUUAAUGUGAAAAAAAAACUUUUCUUAUACUGACAAAUACAGCUAUAUUUAUCAUUCAGAGAAUGACUUUUAUUUGUGCCGACAAUAGUUUCCAUUGGCUGAGAUGUUCCCUCCCCGAAUUCAUAAGAUAUGCAGAUUCUGUGAAAGUCUUAACUGUGUUGGUUAGUAUUCUUAAGGCAGUACUGACAUGUGAGCAUAGUAUGUGUUGCUAGUGGCAAAUUUGUUGUGAACACAAAGGGGAAAAACUGAUUUCUUAUAUUAGUGUUUGGCUUAUAGAGACAGUGCACAAACCUGCAUGUUCAUUAAACUAAUUAUUUUCCCUGUUGCCUCUUGCACUAUGAUGCAAUUAUUUUUUGGGUUGUAUAGGAAACUUGCAUUCCUUGUUUGUUUGUUUUACAACUGGGAUUUGUAGUUAUAAAACUGGGAUUUGUUGUUAUACUCUGCUUGAAAAUUCUAUUUUUAUCUGUAAUUAACUCACAAUCCUGGUGCUUUUCCUUUUCUUUUUAAAACCAUGUCUGGUCUUUGCUGCUCAGUGGUCAUUGCCAGAGAAAAUAUGAUCCAUAAAUAUGGGUAAGAUUCAUGGUCUCUUUAUGUGUUUACUCCCAAGUUUCAAAGCUUUUUUUUAAAUAAAAAAACCUCCAAAGUCUACAAUUUCCAGAUAAUUAUUGUCAGAAUGGGAAGUGGGAUCUGUAGUCAAAUAAAAUAACCUUUCCAAGCUCUAAUUUGAAACAGGGCACUGGUAAGAUGCUUCCCGGGACAGAUUUGCCUAUCAGCAGUAGGUGCAUCUGGAAAAAGUUUUCUGACAUAUUAAUCUUUCACAAUACCUCAAAACAAUGCUACUCAGUUCCUCUGGUCAGUUUGUCAGGAAGAUUGUGACUUAUGGGAACUAAGGUCCAAAAAGUGGAAGGACCAAAGUUUGAACAGUUCUGCUUUGAAGGACCAAUGGCACACUAUUCCCAGAUCUAAACAGGUGGGUGUUCAGAACAGGAACCAGUUCUUGUAGGACCAAAGAAAUCAGUUUGAUGCCUUUAAGUUCUGCCAAAAUGGCCAGGGACCAUUAAUUUCCUAUAGGUACCAGUCCUGGCAAGCGGCCAUCCUUCAAGGCCUUAGCCUUUUAUGGAAAACUGAAAAGGUUAUGCAAAGUUACAUAUGGGUGCCACCAGCUUCUGUAGUUUCUUUAUCUUGGGCUCAGUUCCUUGUUACUGGGAAUGUUGUUGGUUAGGCUUGGAAAUUUAUUUCCUCCUUGAAGUGGUGAUAGUAUGAUCUCCUCAUCUGCAGAGACAUGUUCUUUCCUUCGUGGAAACACGAAACUGUGAAUAAUAGCAAACCCUGUGGGAAUGAAGAAAUUCUGCCACUGGAGGCUUUCAAAAAAUCAUACUCUUAAGAAUUUGCAAGCAUGACUCUAUGGAAUCAUACCAUAAACUUACCUGGAGGAUGUGGGUAGAUGAAAUUGCAGAUCCUUCAGAUAUGAGGGUUGUGUUUGAAUAGUAAUAGUGUUGUUGUUAUUGUUGUUGUUGAUGAUGAUGACUAUAGCUUCCAAAUUUCCACAAAUGCCAUGUUAAUUGAAAGAGUGUGGGAAUUGCAGUGCUUAUUACUGACUCAAAUAUAUUUCAGUGAGUGUGGCAUAUAAACGUUUUAAAAGCAGCAAAGAGCCUUGGUUUGAAGAAAAAAAGGAAAAGAUGCGUAUUUGUGAUAAUGUCUUUUACAGUGCCAAACAUAUGAACAGUAUUGUUUGAAGGAAGUAAGAUUUUUUUUACUGUGUUACUGCUGAACAAAUAUUGUUUUUAAAUGUUAUAUUUGGAAUAAUUUUGUAUUGUAAACUGUUUUGUGACUUGGUGCUUUUUUCAUACUGGAAUUACUGGUUGCACCUGAGCAUUAUUAUUAUUCCGUUUUCUUAUAUGGAUACAUAACUUCAACAAUCUUUAUCAAAACCAGUGUAUGGUGGAGACCCAAGGUUUGCAACUAUAAAGUCCUACACAACACCUCCGAAAUGUUCUUGCCUACUAAUAAAAAUUCUGUUAUA